UUUAAAACAUUAUGGAAAUGUCUGAAUCUAUCGACUCAAACUAUGAGCAAGGAAGUACCUUCAAGAGCAAGGAUACGUUACAUGACUCUCAGAAUGAAGGUACUUCCUCUCGGUUCUUAUCCCAGAGCGAGGAAGAAAUCAACUUUAACCACUCAGAUACCUCCCAAGCACUUUCUGAUAAAAAGGGUCAUAAGCAGGGCAGGAAAAGGGUCAUUAAGGAAAAGGAUAAAUCAAAAGACGCUGUUUCUAGUGGAAAAGACUCCACCUCAACUAAGUCUAAGGGAAGAAGGAAGAAGAAGACGGAUCAGUAUAAGAACCAGGUCAUUAGAGACCAAUACGGUGUUUUUGAGUAUGAUAAGGAUCCUGAAGGAUAUAAGAAAGCCAGAAAAAGACAGCAAAACCGAGAAUCUGCCCUCAGAGCGAGAGACAAGAGAGCUAAUAAGAUGGAGACUGUCGAGUCACGCUUACAAAAGAUCGAAGAUAAGUCUAGUAAAAUGGAGAAGGAAAAUAUGGUCUUAAAGGCUGAAAAGCGCCAGCUUCAGGAUCAAGUGCAGAAUUUACUCUCGAUUAUCACCUCUUUUGGGGCUAACAAGCGUUUUAAAACUGGUGAGAAAGAGGAAUUUGUGAGAAAGGAGGAGUCUAAUAUUAUAUCAACCGAUACUCCUGAUGAAGCUAAGAAUGAGCUAGAGCUCGAUUUUGAUGAGAAAGAUAUUGAUGAUUCUCAAUCGUUUACUGAUAAAAACAACUCUCCUGAAGAAACUAUGUUGAAGCUUAUAAGAAAUAAUAAUGAUUCGAUCUUUGCCCAAGAAGAAGGCGGCUUUGGAGAUAUGCUCCAGAAAGGACUGAUGCUGUCUCUGACUAUUGUAAUGUGUAUGGUGAUGUGCCUCACAGGAUACUCUGUGUCUGAGUCAUAUUACAUAGACUCAACUCAGCUAUGAACUACAUGUAGCAACCCAAGAGUACCUUUUGAGUUAAAGCCUAUUGAAUCAAGAGUAAAGAUGAGUCACUUGAAUGAACCUCACUACAUCGACCAGACUCCUGUGUCAGACUGCAAUUUUCUGUUUAAUCUCUGGAUAGGAGUGUUCUGCAUUAUGAUGCUAUUAACAUUCUUGUUCAAGAGACAACAGUAUUUCUUUUAUAAUCUUAUAACUUCUCCUCUGAGAAGGUCAGCCAGAAAGUAAUCGGCUAUUCCUAAUAUAU